AUGGAUAAAACUCAAGAACAACAUAAUAAAACGCGCCGUCGUAUUAUAAUAUCGUUUUGGAUAGUUAUAUUAAUAGGUCUUCCGUUUUGGUGGAAGACUACUGAAGUUUAUCGUGCUCAAUUACCCUUUACUGAAAUAGAAGAAUGGUCAAAAUGGGAGAAAUUUGAGCUUGAAUUUCCAAUUGAUAUAAGACUUUAUGUUGCUCAAACUAAAGGAAAGAAGGAGGGGACGGAGGAUUAUUUUAAAGACCUGGCAAAUAUUGUUGAAAAUUCUAUCAACAACAAGUCUAUUAAUUUUACAAAAUAUCAUAACAAGAACAUUAAAAAAUCAAUAAAAUAUCCUAUUAAAAUUCAAAUAUUGAAAUGGGAACAUUGGGGAAGUCAAAAUCCAAAUACUAUUUUAGAUUUAAUUGGUAAAAAUGGACAAUAUGAUUUUUAUAUUAUGCCUGGUGAUAAUAAUUUAUCAUCAUCAAAAGUUUUAGUAGGAAAUCAAAGACAAGCAAUUGUUGAGAUAAGUCAAUGGAAUAUUGAUGCCAUUGACAAAACAAUCUCUGAUCUUAUAAUAAAUUUAUUUCAGCCUGAGCAGACUGCCAUAAAAAAACUUUUAAUGGAACAAGAAGUAGUUGCAAAGGUAGAGUUUGAUAAUAUGAGAACAAUGAAAUAUUCACCAUUGUAUCAAGUAACAUUUAGUUUAUUGAAUGGAAAUCCAUCAACUCUGCAUGUAGAUUGGGAUAUUGAACAAGCAAAUAUUGUAAGGAAUAAUGCAUUUCUUAUUCCUAGAUGGGGAGGAGUGAUAAUCAAUAACAUUGAUGAUAGGUCAAUUGGAAAUAAUAAUAAUCAUUUUUUCACUUUUGAAGAAUUAAAAUCUGUAAUGUCUAUAUUUAUAAUGCAAUUAAGAGGUUUACUUGGUGUACAAGAUUUUUGGGGAAAAGCAAGACUUAAUUUAGAUUCAUUAAUAAAUAUAGAAUUUACAUCACCACCAAACACAGCAAUCACAAUGUGGGAACUUGAUAGUUUGAUAAGACGUCGUAUAGCAGAGAAUAUUGAUGCAACCAUUUCAACAUUAAAAUCAUUGUCACAAUUAGUCACAGAAAUUCCAAAUAUGGUUGUACUGGAUCAUAUCCAAACUGAAGUUUUGUUAGCAUUAAAUAGUUUAUCAAAGUCAUGUGACAGUUUAAAAAUGAAACGAUAUGAUGUAGCAUUAAAACAUGCAAAAGAGGCGAUAGAAAGAGCAGAAUCAGCAUUUUUUGAUCCAACAAUGGUUUCCAUGCUUUAUUUUCCUGAUGAACAUAAAUAUGCAAUUUACAUGCCAUUAUUUGUACCUAUAUCUGUACCAUUAUUGAUUGCUUCUUAUCGAGAAAUAAAAGGAUUAUAUCCUUUUUAUUAA